CAACUUGUUUACACGAAAAUUUUGAUAUGGUAUAAUUCGUCAUGCAGAACAACGAAUCGAGUAAAGGAAAUGUGCCCAAGGAAGACGACAUGAUGGUCACUGGCAGAUCGUGCCUGAAGAAGCCAGACCGAAAUCUUGGUCAUUACAUGCAACGCAAUGUGAGUCAAUAUCGCCAGGAAGGUGGCGAAAAUCAGCGCAAGUUGAAGAAUCUGAACAGGCAAUUCGAGCGCGAUAUUUUGCACCUGGAGAACUCAAUAACCAGCCUGGAGGUGCCCGAAAAAAGUCUAGCUGCCGAGUGGAUGAGCAAGCUGAAGGCGCGACCCCCAAACAUGAACGAAGCGAUCGCUCGAAACUAUAUUCUGACCUAUAUGCUGCGACUAACCCAUUUGGAUAUGUUCAAGGUGAAGCCGUUCAAUGGGCCGCCACCUCAGAAUGCGCUCUCGAAUAUCAGUUCAGCAAUUCCAGUGCUUAGCACCAAUACGAAGAGCAUUUCAGAUCUCUACUGCGACUCAAUGGACAACGGCGCCUUCUUGAACAAGUUACCUGUGCCGCGCGAUGGCGCCUUUUUCGUCAUGCACCUGCUGCCAAAUUUACGAGUAGUUAAUUGAUUUCACUUCAUUGACAAUUGCACAAAGUGCGACAUUUAAACAAACGCUAAAGAAAUUUUUUUGUUAUUAUAAAUGACAUUGAUACCAUAUUAAAAUUUUCAACUAAA